AUGAGGAAGCUUUACGGACAUGAUGAUGAUGAUGAACGAGAGCUUGGAUCGAUUCUAUUCUACAAAGAUACAAAAAGCAGGUGCACUGACUGCAUUGCACUGACACCGUUGAACGAGAAGAACUCACCUUGCUCCGGCGCAAAACAUCCACAUCCGCUUCGCUCCCCUCAAACCAGACAACAACAUGGAAAAGACACCGAUGAAAACAAGCACGUUGGAAACCCGACGCGCGCGCGAGCAAACGACCUCAACGUCAGCCAAUCAACCGACCUACCUACACCGCCGCCAGCAUUUAAUCUUCUUCGACGCUGCAACCCUCGCCUCGCCUCGCCUCCAGCUCCGUCCAACACGCACAAACCUGCAAAGCGCGUGAGCCCCAGCCCAAACGGAUCUGAUCGCCGAUCCGGGGCGCCAUUGGCCCAAAGCGGCUUUUCCGACACCGACUGCAAAUACACUGUAAAAGGGUUGCACAUGUUGUAG